AUGUUACAGGACUCCUCCAAGGAGGAACAGAUUCCAGAAGUGGUGGACAAUACAGUAACCCCUUUGGUAUGGGCAAGUGAAGUUCCAGGACGAUCUAAACUGGCGGAACCAGUAAAGGUGACCUUAAAACCCGGAGCCAAACCGGUAAGACAAAAACAAUAUCCUAUUAAGUGGGAAGCCCGGAAGGGAUUAGAGGAAUUAAUUACAAAAUUCUUAGAAUAUGGACUGCUAGUAGAAUGUGAAUCAGAAUAUAAUACCCCUAUAUUACCAGUGAAGAAAUCAGGAGGCAAGGAAUACCGACUGGUCCAGGACUUAAGAGCCAUAAAUCAAAUAGUUCAAGAUAUACACCCAGUAGUGGCUAAUCCAUACACUUUAUUGACAUCUUUGAAGGAGGAACAUAAAUGGUUUACUGUACUGGAUUUAAAGGAUGCCUUCUUUUGCAUACCUCUGGAUGCAAAAAGUCAAAGCAUAUUUGCUUUCGAAUGGGAAAGUCCAGGUACAGGACGAAAGAUGCAACUAACAUGGACUGUACUUCCACAAGGAUUUAAGAAUAGCCCCACACUAUUUGGAAAUCAAUUGGCAAAAGAGUUAAAAAUGUGGAAGAAACAGAAUCAAGGGCAAGGUAUAUUAUUACAGUAUGUGGAUGACAUUUUGAUAGCAGCAAAAAGCAAAGAAACAUGUUUUGAAAUGACUAUCAGUUUACUGAAUUUCCUGGGCCAAGGAGGAUACAGAGUUUCCAGAAACAAAGCCCAGAUAGGGAAAGAAGCAAUGAUUUAUUUGGGAUUUGAGAUAUCUCAAGGACAGAGACAAUUGGGAAAUGAAAGGAAAGAAGCCAUUUGUCAGAUCCCUGAACCUAACAGCCCAAAGGAAUUGAGAGCCUUUCUGGGAAUGAUUGGGUGGUGUCGACUCUGGAUUUUAAAUUAUGGACUGUAUGUGAAACCCCUAUAUGAAGCCUUAAAGGAAUCCAAAGACCGAUAUUUGAUUUGGACACCUGAAUGCCACAAAUCAUUUAAAGAACUCAAAAAGGCAUUGAUGACGGCCCCCGCAUUGGGUUUACCUGACUUAACCAAACCUUUUGAGCUGUUUGUGCACGAAAGGCAACAUCUGGCCCUUGGAGUGCUGGUGCAACGGCUGGGAUCCUGGAAGUGACCAGUGGGAUACUUCUCUAAACAACUUGACAACGUGAGUAAAGGAUGGCCGGGAUGUUUGCGUGCCGUGGCAGCAACAGUGCUGCUGAUUCAGGAAGCCCGAAAAUUAACCAUGGGCCAAAAGAUAGUGGUAUAUGUACCACACAUGGUUAUAACUGUCUUGGAACAAAAGGGGGGUCACUGGCUAUCCCCUAGCAGAAUGUUGAAAUACCAGGUUGUCCUAUUGGAACAAGAUGAUGUGGAAUUAAAAGCCACAGCAAUUGUAAAUCCGGCAAUGUUCCUGACAACAGAAAAUCCAACUGAGAAAUUGGAACACGAUUGCUUGAUAACUAUUGAACAAGUUUAUUCCAGCAGACCGGACCUGAAGGACGAACCUUUGAAGGAUCCUGAUCUGGAACUGUUUAUGGAUGGAAGCAGCUUUGUGCAAGAGGGAAGGCGAAUAGCCGGAUAUGCUGUUGUUACCACCGACAAGGUAUUGGAGUCAGGGACACUACCUGCAAAUACAUCAGCACAGAAAGCAGAAUUGGUGGCGCUGAAGCAGGCUUUACGGAUGGCAGAAGGGAAAAGGGUAAACAUUUGGACGGAUUCUAAAUAUGCAUUUGGUGUGAUCCAUGCUCAUGGAGCCAUCUGGAAAGAAAGAGGACUGUUGUCAGCCCAGGGCUCACCUAUAAAGUAUAAAGAGGAAGUUCUUCAACUUUUGCAAGAUGUGCAGAAACCAAAGGAAGUGGCUGUAAUGCAUUGCAAGGCUCAUCAGUUUGGUCAAACUGCUAUAAAUAUAGGUAAUCGAUUGGCGGAUAAAGCUGCAAAAGAGGCUGCAGAACGAGGUAUCCUUGCAUUAGUACCAGUAAAACAGAUAAAAAUUCCAAAUUUAAAAGCAAGAUACAGUAAGCUAGACGAACAACUAGCAGAGAACUUAAAGGCAUCCCAAAAUGCGGAAGGAUGGUGGGUAACACCAGAGAAUCAGGUAACAGUGACCCCACAAAUUAUGACAGAGCUUGCAAAGGAAGAACAUGAGCAGACACAUUGGGGUGUGGAUGCUAUGGUCACAAAUUUGAGAACAUCUGUAGUGUGUGUAGGAAUGACAGGAAUAAUUAAAUCAAUAAUAGCUAAGUGUCCAAUUUGUCUUAAAAAUAAUCCCUUAAACCAGAGGAAAGCACCUUUAGGAGUAACAAAGCAGGGUAAUUCCCCAGGAGAUUAUUGGCAAAUCGAUUUCUCUGAGUUACCUAGACAGAAUGGGUAUAGAUAUUUGUUAGUAUUGAUUGAUACGUUUUCUGGAUGGCCAGAGGCUUUUCCUUGCCGCACCAACAAAGCAAGAGAAGUGGUCAAAAUAUUACUAAAAAAAAUAAUACCGAGAUUUGGGGUACCAUUGGGCGUAUCUUCUGACAGAGGACCACAUUUUGUAGCGGAAAUAGUCCAACAAGUAAGUAAAAUCCUAGGGAUAAAUUGGGAUUUGCAUACUCCCUGGAGACCGCAAUCAAGCGGGAAAAUUGAAAGGAUGAACCAGACCUUGAAAAGACAAAUGAGUAAAAUUUGUCAAGAAACAUCUUUGAAAUGGCCACAGACUUUGCCAUUAGCUCUGUUAAGAAUAAGAAUCCAACCAAGGUCUAAAGACGGUGUAAGUCCAUAUGAAAUAUUAUAUGGCAAACCCUACCAAACUCCCUUAAUCCCAGGGGACAUGAGGGUAACAGGGGAAAUAGAUUUAAAAACAUAUCUGAUUUCUUUAGGAAAGACCCUCGAAGCGCUUAGAAGAUAUAUUGUGCUGACCAGGCCGCUUGCUCUUGAUACGCCUGUACAUCCAUACCAGCUGGGUGACCUUGUGUAUAUAAGGACGUGGGGUUCUGAACCACUCCAGGAAAAGUGGAAGGGACCUUUCCAGGUACUGUUAACAACUUAUACCGCAAUCAAGGUAGAAGGAGUGGAGCCUUGGAUUCACUACACUCGAGUAAAGAAGGCACCGCCAGAUCAGUGGACAUGUACGCAAGAGGGACCUUUGAAACUUAGACUGUGUAAAAAUUCUAAGGAUCAGUUUCUUUAGCCUGUUAUCUAUUGAAUUAUGAAUAUUAUGGAUUGUUUGAUUAGACUGAUAACACUUUUUUAUAUUUCAUCACUAAUUCGUAGCCAAAGAAAUACAGAAUGGCCAUGGUCCCAAGCUGUUGUCCAAUAUACCGGGAGUGUGGGACCAUAUCCCAAAGACCGUUCCCCAAAUUUAGCCAUUGUAGUAAUGCAUGAAUCUGAAGUUUACCACCCACUUGAGUGGGAAUGGGACAGAAAGGACUGGGUCUGUGUCUUGACUGGAGCAAUUGGGGAAAGAAUUCAAGUAGGAUGUAGAAAGAUGGAAGGAUCUCUUCAUGAGAAAGCUUCCUCAAUUACCAUCUCUGGAAAUCUAUUAGACCCUAGUUCUAAUAUUACAAGACUCUGUCCCACCACUGAAUAGAAAUGUAACAAGCAAAAUUCUCUCAUCACGUGUUGCCGCCAACAGAAUGUCGGUAACUACUCCUUAGACCCUAGUACCAAUAAUGUUGAAAUCACCAAAUCCUGUAUUAAGGAACAAGGAGAUUGUUGGCACAAUUUUACUUUAACUAAACCAGUUUAUGUGGUGUGCAAUUGGCGACCUAAUCCAUUGACAGGAGGACUAUUAGGCCUUACAUUUAAAUUCAAAAUAAAUGCUGUAACUAAACCCCUAGUGAUGCUUGUUGCAAUAGUCACGCAUGCUGAUACAGAUACUCUCUUUAUGUUAACUAGUAAAGGUGAAGUCACCCCCUCUUUUAUGGUACCACAAGGAAAUGACAUCACAAUAAGAUGCAGAUUAAUCACGGAAUCUCGCAUUGAACCUAUAAACAGUUAUGAAAUUGGACCACAUGGCCCUAUUUUGUGUAAAAAUCAAAAUUUAGACUGUUGGUUAAAUUUGACUGCUGUACAAUACUCCCAUAAAGUAAUAUGUGGUAAAAAUAACACCAAAUACUGGGGAGAACUUAAAAUAGAUGUCAUAAUACCUACUACCCAACCAAUUGUUGCGCUUAAUUCGAAAAUCUUUGAAAUUGGACUGUAUGUGAUUAGAAAUACAGGCUUGCAACAAAUGUUG